AUCAAACAUGUCAAGGCUCCUUUUCCCAUGGCUACAGUGUUUCUCUGUUUCUCUCCUGACGAAAAAGAAAAUAAUGCACAGCUGACUGUCCUGCAAACACACGCAUCCAUGAGGACUUAAGGACCGAGGACGCGCUUUCGCUGCUCUUUAUUGUUCGAGAACAGGGUAAAAUUGAAGAUGGAUGAAAAACUUCCAAAUGAAAAAGUGAAAUAUUUGCUUGCCCCAUGGAGGUUUUCCUUCAGGGCACCUGGAUUUGAAAAUAGGCUGGUAGCGGCUCUACGACUGUUUGAGCGUUUCCCUUUAGAUAUAGCUGUGACCGGAGGAACCCAGGAGGCUAACGCUAGGCUGGUUUCUGCAAUCUGUGGGCCGGAUGAGGAAAUUGAAGAGGAGGAAUGGGAUACUGAUGAUGAAGAGGAAGAAGAAACAGAUGAGGAAGAAGCAGAUGAAGACUGGGAAGAUGAUGAAAGUGUAGAUGAUGAACGUAGAAUAAAGUUAAACACUAACCACCAGAGCAGCAGGAGAAAACAUGUACGGAUAUCAGAGCAUACAGAAUAUAUUGGGAGUGGCAAUCCUGAUGUCAACACUGUGAUUUUACACCAUCAAAUACCAAAUGUUCGUGUAUGGACCGUGCAGGGCCAUCCAACUUCAAAUUCCGUUAUUAAGCAGACAAACCAGCAGUAUGACUCCACAUGCUACGAUGUUCUGGUCGUGCUCACUACAGAACGGCACAAGGAGGACCACAUGUGGCUCAAAAUGGAAUUGCAUGACAGACAUCAGUCUCUUUUUCUGGUUCAAGCUGAGCAGGACUGGGACGUAGUUGAGGAGAAGCCUACAGGGCCGUGCAUGACCUGCGCCUGGGAGCGAAUGAGAGCUCGCAAACUGGAGUUGCAGAAGAGAAGGAAAGAUGCAUUUGGAGAUUCCAUUGGAGAUGCAUCUGCUGAUUCAACAGAUAGCCAGAGUCAUUCUGACGCCUCCCAAGAUCCAGAAUUAGUGAUGAUGAAGGAUAUCGCCGGGGUGCUUGCUGAAGCCCUGCCUGACCUUCGGAGGAAAGCGUUUAGUCAGUUUCUGGUGGCGAUUACAAAGGAACUUCGGUUUCCUAAAUUGCUGACUGAUGACACACCGCCUAUAGUUUCUACUGCUUUGAAGUACAGGAAGAUAAACCAGGAUGAUCUUGAUCAGAUCUCCAAGCUCUCACAGCCGAGAGAUCUUACAGACAAUCCCUCCAAGCUUCAGGCAAUCCUUGCAGCUCUCGAUCACUUCCGCCUGGAUAUCGGUGUACUGGGUGAGACGGGCUGUGGUAGCUCCAGCCUGGUCAAUGCCCUUUUGGGCCUGGAGAACGGUGAUGAACGAGCUGCCUCAACUGGUGUCAUUGAAAUCACCAAAGAGGCUGUGGAGUAUCCCUACCUUGAGUCCCCCAACGUCCGUCUUUGGGACCUUCCUGGGCUUGGAAGAAUAAGUGAUCUUGAAAGUCUGUCCUCUGCGUCCAGCUCUUCUGAAGCUCAACAAGAAGCAUCUCUGCUUGCUUUGUGUGAUGUAUACAUACUGGUUUCUCCUUCAAGGCUUAGAUUGGGAGCCAUUCAGUUGUUGCAGCAAGCGUCCUCCCUGGGGAAAAAGUGUUACCUGGUGGUUUCCAUGGCGGACUUGAUUGAGGAAAAGUCUGUCGUGGAAGUGAGGCAAUGGAGUGAGGUAGUCUUGGGUAAACUGGGUCUCCAGCAGAGCUUGUUUCUGGUGUCUGCUCAUCAUCCAGAAACCUUGGACUUACCCAAGCUAAAAGAGACAUUGAAUUCAGCUUUUGCAAGUCAUAAGAAAGUCGCUCUUGCUAGAUAUGUAUCAAAGCAACUGGAUGGAGAUGUUUUCUGGAAAAGAUCGGAUUCUUGCAAAUUUAUGUAAAUAAAUAAUAUAU